AUGACUCCUCGUCCAGGUGCAAGGGGCGACGGCAAGGACCGCAGUCCCUGGCCUGCCCAGUUCAAGCUAGAACUCCUCAAGCUGAUGAUCGCGAACAAGGAAGACUGGAACUCGAAAGACCGAGCCGAUCGGCGCGAUUUUUUCGACAUUGUGGCCUCACAAGCCAAGACCAAGCUCAACAAGGUCGUCGACGCCGAUGAUAUCAGAUCCAGGGUACACCUCUCCAUGUGCGGUCCCCGACGCAAUUCCACGUUCAAGACAGAUCCCAUAGGCGAGGCAGAGAUCAAGGUGGAUGAAUGGAACGCAAUCGUUGAUGCCAACCCGCGUGUCGACAGCCCCAAAAAGCUUCAACGGUUAGAUGACCGCUCGGUCGAGGCUUUGGCGAAAGCAUCCAUCAACUAUAUCCAGAUAGCCCGCGAGACACUGCUGCGUCCCUCCAGCAGCCCUGAGCAGUGGCAGGACGCCGAGAUACUGCUCGCCAUGCCGUUGGUGAUGGCAGCUCGAGACGAAUGCAAGUCCCGUUUCGUUACGCCCAGCCAACGUAAUGAGGUCCUCUCAUGGACCAGGUCGACUCAGCGCACAGCCUUGUUCAACUUGAUACCGGCCAAGGUCUGGCGCCCAGCGCAAGCAAAGGAGAGAUCGACACGUACACCACAGGCGGGAGAAUCCAAAUGCGAAAUGGGAAAAACACCGAAUCUGAGCAAACCUGCUACGGAUCUGCCGAUUCGCCAUAUCACUCGGCCACCUCCUGCAAGCAACGUGGUGGACCUCACGAGCCCACCUCCUGCAAGCAACGUGGUGGACCUCACAAGCCCACCACCAUCGCCGACAUACCACUCCAAGGCAAGACAGCUCCGACAUGUUGUGCAAAAGUCGUCCGACGACUCAGAUUCCAACUCGGAGCCUGACUUGAGCCUCUCUGGGAAAAGGCCCUAUGCGGCAACAACACCAUACAUUAUCCCUCGCCCACUGCAGAAGCCUCAGCAAGCUGGCCAGGAUCGAGUCGAUAGCUCAGAUUCGGGAUCAUCCGUCUCAAGCUCGAGUUCUAACGACGACAAAUCGAAACCGAUCAAGAACAACUUGAAGGCAGACCCCACCCCUCUUCAUUCGCCUUUCACGCCGACAACCUUUUCACAACGCAAGCGCAAGGCAACCAUUGAGUUGAAGGAGGACGACAAAGCCAAAAAGACCAAGGCAUGGGGGAAAGUUGAGCUGCCCAAGCAUGCGAUCCAACAAAAGUUUCCAGACCUUACCAAGAUCCCGGCAGGCUCAAACAUCAGCGCAGACGAGGUGCUGGACAUCAACAUCGCCUUGGGCGCACACAGAAAAACAGCCACUCGGCCUGCACAGCAGACGAACAACCGCAAUCGUGACGGUUUCCAGAAAAGCAAAAAUAUCAACAAGAAAAGAAGAAGAAAGACGAGAAGAAAAAAGAACGGUAGCUUCCAAACAGAAGAAAGUAUAAAGAGGUAG